CUAUCGAUACAUCAUUGAAUCGAUUAUAUUUACCAAAAUUCAAUAUGGCCGUUUUAAGAGUUAUAAGUUUAAAACAUUGUAAGCUGUCAAAUACGAGUCAUUAUAUGUAGUAUAAAUUAUUUGAGUGAGAGAUAUACUGAUGUUUGUGUAUACUUUCGAAAAUAUACAGUGUCGAAUGUGAGAAGUUAUUUAAGAACAUGAAGAUGAAUAGCACAUACAGAAACAUGAGGUUAUGAUACGUAUGUCGUUUCUCACAACUGAAAAUUUUGACAAAUUAUUUUUCUGUUAUAUUUAUCUUUUGAUUGUGAAAUAUGGCACGUUCUUCAGUAUCGGCACAAUGUGAUUUAGUUGCAUCUUACAUGGAUGGAGUUCAUGUUAAAAUUGCAGAAGCCUAUAAACCUCCAAGGAAAGUGUGUUUGCCAGCUGCAUAUAAUAAUAAAUUACCUGACGUGUCAAAAUUAACUUAUAAUUUUACUUUGGAACGAUCAGUACUUGAAAAGAUGACAGAAUGGCGUAAAGUUAGGCAAGCAAGUAACAAAGCACGCCAUGCACGAUUAGACGAGAAGAGAAAGAAGGAAAAGAAAGAAUUUUCACCUCCUCCGCCACCUCCAUUACCUGACAACACAAAACAAUUACCUGUAAAUGCACCUGUGCCUGAAACAACUAUUCUUACUCCACAGCCUUUGUCUCCACCAGCUAAUGAUCUCCAAGAUCAUGUGAAAACAAAUGGAUUGGAUUUUGCAGACUUCGAUAAUGACACAAGUAGUCCAUUUGAUAAUAUGGAAUUAAAAACAAUAAAUGACAUGGAAGAACUUGCUCAGGUAUUGCAACCCACAUUUCAAUGGGCACCACCAGCUAAAUUAGAAAGUAUAUUGAAAGAUUUAACUGUUAACGAUCAAUCCAAUGUUCAUUCGGAUGAGAAAAAUGAUAAUAUUAAAAAUGAAACAAGUGAUCAGGAAGAAGAAAAUAUGGAGCAAACGGUUAAACACCGUAGUGUAUCUACAAUUGUUCAGGAACUACAAAGAGACUUAGAUAGACCUCUUAUGGAGGAUUGGAAACCUUGGCCAAAUUUAGAAAGUCCUAAUACUAGCUCUCAUGAAACUUCAAAACAAGAAGAACCAGUAGUGACAAAUCAAGCGUCUCUUAUGAAUUUAUUGCUAGACUUAACUGAGGAAGAUAAAAAAUUAGCUCGCCACUUAAGUGAUAUGGGAUUUCCUUUAUCACGAGCCGCUCGCGCUAUACGCAAUUUAGGUGGACAAGAUAAUAAGAAGAUUGUAGAAUAUUUGUUGGCUGUGCAGUCUUUAGAGGAGGUAGGAAUGUCUGGAGAGGAUGCAGAGAAGGCUCUUGCCCUCACAGAAUAUAAUCAAGACAAAGCCAAAGCUUACUAUGAGAAUUUAUGUACUUUACGAGAUUUAGGCUUCCCUGAAGAAGAAGCGUCUGCUGCACUUUUAAAAUGCAACAUCGAUCGUGAUAGAGCUUUAGAUUUUCUUAUUGCAUAAAUAUAAAAUUAUAUACAAAAUAUUUGAAAAAAUAUGGUCUAAAAAAAUUUUUUUACUGCACAAAGGAGUAGAAAUUGAUUUAAAAUGUAAAUAAACUAAUGGCUACACUACCUUCAAAUGAACAUUUAGCAAUUAUUUUAUUGUAUAAUAGAAACUGAAAUACCAACUAUUGUAAGAUACGAUCAGUGUGCAUGUAUGAUGUACACUAAGUGCUGCUAAGAAACAUUUUAAUUGUCACUUUAAGUAUUACAAGAGUUACAACAAGUUUUAAAUCCAAUUUAAAAAUAUGGAACUCUUUUAUUUUUGUUUAUACAUUAUAUUUACAGAAUUACCUAUUAAAUGAAAUCAGUAUCAUUAAUUUACAUGAUACCAGUCAUGGCUAACUGUCAUGUUGGUAUAUUUAAUAAAUUCAGAUGCACAUCUGUAAAAUUGAGAUAAGAUCUUUGAUAUCAUAUACAAAUAUAUAGACAAUAUAUAUCUCACCUUUUGCAACAACAUAGCGCAACUGUUGUUAUAGACUCUACAUGGUGGCUGACACCAAUAAUAACCCAAGCUUCUGUGAAGAUUGGCUGUUGGCAUUGAGAAUGUACGCAAAUACUAACAGGUCCAUUCAUUAACAAGUUACAUGAGCCACAAUUAAUCGGAUACAUUGUAAAAUCAUGUUUUUGUUGACUACUCAUUGGAAUUGGUUCAUAAUGAACAUUUAUAUUUAUAGGCGAUGUUGAAAUAUUAAGUGUAUGCUUAUACCUAAAAUGAAGUAUCAAAAGUUCUGGUUAUGAAAGUAUUGAGAAACAUUAGGUACACUCCUUAAAAACAAUGUGAUUCAUAACAUUGCAGUAGUUACCUCUCAGUAUAAGUUUUCUUUAAAGCUAAUUCCCAUAAUGAAACAACCGUAUUUUCAUGGAUAUUAUGAACUUUUAGAAGUUGUCGCGGCAGUUCAAUUGUAAAACCAGUAUCUUCUCCAUGUAAUGUAUUUAUUUUUACGUUCAACUUUAUAUUUGUACGCAGUACUGUACUUUCAUAAUGCGAUUUGAAACAUCUGUGAUUGUGUAUAUAUAUGUAUGCAUUUGUAAAUACAAACAUAAGUAUGAAUUUCUUAUUAUUGGAAAUUAAAUAGAAUAUAAAAAUUGUAUUGUGCACUAGAUUACACUAGAAUAUUUGAGUACCUUUGAAAACCUAAUGAAUGCUAAAGUGUUACUUCAAAUUUAUUUAUAUGUAUUUUAUAUUAAUUAAAAAUUUACUUACCCAUAACUCAGAAUAUUUCUUUGAUCAUGCAUAUAAGAGUUCUGGAUUUGAGAAGUCAAUUGAUAAAGAAGUGGAUAAGAUAAAUAAUUUAAAGAUGCAUUUGCAUCAAAACGAAUGCAAGGAGAUGAUACAAAUCCAUUUAGUGGUAAAUACCUUAGCCUAUAUAAAAGUUAUUCUGUGUAAA